GUUAUCACUAUCGUGUUUAGUAUCGAACAAUUUCAAAUUAAUGUUUGGCCACAAAAUGACAAAAUUUUUGUUUGUACUGUGUGUCUUGGCUGUGUGGUGUGGCUAUGUAUCUGCUAAAGACAAGGUAGUUGUGUGUUACUAUGGGACUUGGGCAACGUACAGGAACGGCGACGGUCAAUUCGACGUCGCUCACAUCAACACCGAUCUGUGUACACACCUCAUUUACACCUUCGUUGGAAUAAAUGACCAAGGAACGGUUAUUUCUUUGGACCCCUGGCUGGACUUACCGGAUAAUUGGGGAAGAGAUAACUUUAGAAAAUUCAAUGCCCUAAAACAAUACAAACCUAGCCUUAAAACCUUAUUGGCUGUUGGAGGAUGGAACGAAGGAUCAGCCAAGUAUUCGAGGAUGGCCGCAAAUCCCACACUACGCCAGAAUUUCAUCACGAGUGCCACCAAUAUGGUCCUGACAUACGGUUUCGAUGGGUUCGACUUAGAUUGGGAGUAUCCCAAUCGUCGUGACACCGUCUACGGGAAGGCUGACAUCGAUAACUUCACCACCUUGAUGAAGGAGUUGAGAGCAGAGUUUGACAAGCACGGUCUGUUGUUGAGUGCUGCCGUUGCUGCAGUAGGAAGCGUUGCUGUGUUGUCUUAUGAUGUACCAGCUUUUACACAGUAUGUAGACUUUGUAAAUCUUAUGACAUACGAUAUGUACGGUGCAUGGGAUUCAGUGACCGGACAUAACGCUCCUCUUCACAAAGGGCUAGGGGAUGAAAAUGUUGCCAAGGAAAACGUCUUCACCGUCGAUCUAGCUGUCGAGUGGUGGCUUCAACAAGGAUGUCCAGCAGACAAGUUGGUGCUGGGUGUACCACUUUACGGUCGCACGUUCCAGCUGUCCAACGCUAACAACAACGGAGUCCGCGCACCAGCCAGUGGUGCUGGUAUUGCUGGCACCUGGACCGCCACCAGUGGAUUCCUUGGAUAUAAUGAGUUUUGUCUGAAACUCAAAACAGAGAAUUGGGACGUGCGUUACGAUCACUUGGCCAAGGUUCCGUAUGCCGUUCAAGGAAACAAUUGGGUUUCUUACGACGACCCAGCUUCUAUAGCGGCUAAGAUACAGCACGCCUUACAAUACAACAUAGCUGGUGCCAUGGUGUGGAGCAUAGAGACUGAUGACUUCCGUGGAAAAUGCGCUGGAGAUUUCCCCUUGCUACGAGCUGUCAACGAAGCGUUAGGGAAGUAUUCUGGGAAUAAUAACCCUUCUCCUACUACAACGACUACUCCUCGACCAGGGGAUACUACAACUAUUUCUCAACCAGCGGUUACUACAACUACAACAACUACUACAGCCGCACCAUCGACCUCGGUUUGCCAGCAAUCAGGGUACAACCCUAACCCCCUGGACUGCAACAGUUUCUACGUGUGUGUUGUUGUUGGAUCCGGCCAGUUUGUAGCACACCUCAUAUACUGUCCCGCUACGCUUCAUUGGGAUCAACAAAACUUACUGUGCAACUAUGCUCAUAUGGUGCAAUGUAGCGUUUAAUCG